AGCUCAUUUGAGACUCACCAGAGUAGAACUGUGGGACAAAGAGAGAGAGAGAGAGAGAGAGAUAUUACCCCCUCUGACUCCAACACGGAGAGACUCACUCAUUUCCCCCACUCUCAACAGCUGAGUUCAACGCGACUGGACUCUCUCUCUCUCUUCUCUGGAUACCUUUACUCUUCAUAGAAAAUGGAGAUUUAUGUCAAGGAUAUGAAGAAACCAAGAUCAGUGUUCAGCAAUAUAAAGAUGUUUGUGCUGUGUCAUGGCCUGCUGCAGCUCACCCAGCUCCUGUACAGCUCCUACUUUAAGAGCACCAUAACCACCAUCGAGAGACGCUUUGGCCUCAGCAGCUUCUCCUCCGGUACCGUCUCCUCUCUGCACGAGGUGGGGAACACAGUUCUGAUAGUGUUUGUGAGUUACCUGGGCAGCAGGGUCCAUCGGCCUCGUCUGAUUGGACUGGGUGGUCUGCUGAUGUCCAUCAGCGCACUGAUCCUGGCCCUACCUCACUUCCUGUCCCAGCCCUAUGAGUUUGACUCUGUCAUACAUGAUCGCCAAGACCUGUGUUCACUCCAAGGUACCUCCAACAUGACAGAGACCUGUGGGAAGACAGAGAUCAAGCGUAUAGCAGACACCAACAACUUGUGGCUGCUCAUGGCUAUAGCUCAGCUGCUGUUCGGAGUGGGGUCUGUUCCCAUACAACCCUUUGGUAUCUCUUAUGUGGAUGACUUUGCCGGACGAGGCAACUCCCCCCUCUACAUAGCCAUCCUGUUUGCUGUGUCUGUGUUUGGACCUGCCUUUGGCUUCCUGCUGGGCUCCGUCAUGCUGAGGAUCUAUGUGGACGUGGACAGAACCGGCUCAGUCACCAACGCUGAGCUGGCCCCUACAGACCCUCGCUGGGUGGGUGCGUGGUGGAUGGGCCUCCUCGUCUCCUCUGCCAGCCUAGCCCUGACCUCCACCCCAUACUUCCUCUUUCCUCGCAGCAUGCCACUGGAAGGCAAUGUAAGUGGAACUGACAUUAUGAAUGAAAGCUCCGAAAAGCCUGAGAUCUCACUGCUUGAUUUCCUUAAGAUGUUCCCCAGGCUGUUUGUUCGUCUGCUCCUCAGUCCUCUGUUCCUGCUGUUGGUUCUGUCUCAGUGCUGUUUCUCUUCAGUCAUCGCUGGCCUCGCCACCUUCCUCAACAAAUUCCUGGAGAGACAGUACAGCACGACUGCCGCUUACAGCAGCCUCCUCAUAGGUGCGGUGAACCUUCCUUCGGUUGCCGUGGGGAUGCUGGUGGGUGGGGUCAUCAUGAAGAGGAUGGGUCUCUCUCUUAAGGCCAUCCCUCGUUUCUCUGUCGCCAUGCUGUCCAUCUCUGUCCUCCUCCUCAUCCCCCUCUUCUUCAUGGGAUGUCCCACACAGAGGGUGGAAGAGGUCAACUAUGGAUUCCAAGGGUCUCUGGCCAAUUGUUAUUCCAACUGCUCCUGCCCCGCUAACGCCUUCAACCCAGUGUGUGGAUCUGACAACACUGAGUACCUGUCUCCCUGCCAUGCAGGUUGCAAAGACUACACCAAAGACCCCAACAACAAAUUCAGAGUUCUGGAGUACACAGACUGUAUCUGUACAGCUCACAGCCAGGGUAGUGGUGGGGGUACUGCCCGCCCCGGCCCCUGCCCCAACCAAUGUCCUCACUUCCUGCUUCCUGUCAUGUUCCUCAUCUCUCUGGCCGCGAUGAUCGCCUCUCUAACACACAAUCCCAUCUAUAUGAUGGUCCUCAGAACUGUUCCCCAUGAAGAGAAAUCUUUUGCCAUCGGAGUCCAGUUUCUGCUCAUGAGAGUGCUUGCCUGGUUACCAGCCCCAGCCCUGUUCGGCAUGACCAUCGACAGCUCCUGUAUAUAAUGUUAUGUAUUGUGUGAUUCUCCUCUAUUCUAGCCUGGUUACCAGCCCUGUUCAGCAUGGCCAUCCUCAGCUCCUGUAUAUAAUGUUAUGUAUUGUGUGAUCCUCCUCUAUUCUAGCCUGGUUACCAGCCCCAGCCCUGUUCGGCAUGACCAUCGACAGCUCCUGUAUAUAAUGUUAUGUAUUGUGUGAUUCUCCUCUAUUCUAGCCUGGUUACCAGCCCUGUUCAGCAUGGCCAUCCUCAGCUCCUGUAUAUAAUGUUAUGUAUUGUGUGAUUCUCCUCUAUUCUAGCCUGGUUACCAGCCCCAGCCCUGUUCGGCAUGACCAUCGACAGCUCCUGUAUAUAAUGUUAUGUAUUGUGUGAUCCUCCUCUAUUCUAGCCUGGUUACCAGCCUCAGCCCUGUUCGGCAUGACCAUCCUCAGCUCCUGUAUAUAAUGUUAUGUAUUG